GCUCAUCAAAUCCAUACUAAUCCGCGACUUUAACUCGUUUACUGACCGUAUCGUCGGUCGCCCCAUAGACCCCAAAUUAGCCUCCAAAUUAACUGAGGCUCGUGGGGACGACUGGCGUCGACUGAGGCACAUAAUCAGCCGGCCUUUACGUCGGGCCGUAUGAAACGCAUGUACCCGUCCAUCAGGCAAUGCCUACGCGACUUCCAGACCCAUUUGGACGUCUGCGCAAAGGAUGGUAGGUCAGUAAAUGUCAUGGAGAUGUUUGGAAAUUUCACCAUGGACGUUGUGGCUACCUGCGCGUUUGCUAUUAAAACAAAUGUCAACAAUGAUAGAAAUAAUCCAGUAGUCAGGAGGGGACACUAUGGACUUAUAUUAGACACAUGUGGUCACCCUAUUAGAUACGCCAGAAUUCUACUGGACGUCAAGCUGUGGAAAAGCAUCGCAAUGCUAGUCCUACCGCCCCAUUGGUUGGCGCGCCUGACAGUCAUCAAUAAUGGCCAACUGGAAGGACUCGUAUACUUCAAUAAACUAAUGACGGAUAUCAUCGAAAAGCGCCCUUACGGACGCAACCAACAAGUAUACGGACUUUUGCAGAUCCUAUUGAACGCCAAUAAGAAUACCGACGCCGCGCCUGAAGAUUGUAAGUCUAGUGAAACUAAUUAUGUUAUCGAAGAUGAAGAACCGGAUAAACCUUUGGAGGGAACUGGAGGUAAGACACCAACCGUUUCAUUCAGAAAGCACUUGAGCGACGACGAGGUGCGCGCCCAGACAUUCGCCAUAUUUAUUACAGGCUAUGAGACCAAUGCAACCACCCUGGCCAUUUACGAGCUGACCCUCAACCCCCACCACCAACAACGCCUAUUUGAUGAGCUCCGGGAGGUAUUACAACCUGACGGCGACAUAGACUACGACGUCUUACUGUCCCUACCAUUUAUGGAGGCCGUGGUAUCCGAGACCCUACGCCUACACCUGCCGAGUGUGAGACUCACACGACUGGCCAACAAGGAUUACACAUUAGGAACAACUGGUAUAACUGUCCGUAAAGGGGAUCAGGUGGACAUACCUGCCUACGCCAUACACCAUAGCCCGGAGUAUUAUGAACAACCGUUCCAGUUUGAUCCGGAUAGGUUUUUCGAUCCUGAGCGUCGGCAGCUUAUUAAGCCCUAUACGUACAUACCGUUUGGGAUUGGCCCUCGAAAUUGCAUUGCUAUGCGGUUCGCGCUCCUGGAGAUUAAGUUAGCGUUGGCUCACAUCAUACGCCGGUACCGGUUGUACCGCACGGAGGAUACCGAUGUUCCGCUGCAAUAUAAACGCAAAUACAACGGAACGAAACCGAAACGGGUUGUCGUGGGUAUUGAGCGCCGACCGGAUUAG